CGUACUGCCCGGAACUUGUGGCCGCACGUGCUGUGGGGGCUUCAGAAGCGGCGGGGGUCUCCAGGACUUGGAGAGUGGACUCUCCGCCCCUCGUGGGGGUGAGCGCCGCACGGUAGCAACAUGCCGCACAGGAAGAAAAAGCCCUUUAUAGAGAAGAAGAAAGCUGUGUCUUUUCACUUGGUCCACCGGAGCCAGCGAGAUCCUUUAGCAGCAGAUGAAACUGCACCCCAGAGGGUUCUGUUGCCCACACAGAAAAUAAACGAUGAAGAAAGGCGAGCAGAACAGAGGAAGUAUGGAGUGUUCUUUGAUGAUGACUAUGACUACCUGCAGCACUUGAAGGAAGCGUCCGGGCCCUCGGAGCUGAUCCCCACCCCCAGCUCCAGUGUGUCCGGCGGGAGAGAUGAGAAGGAAGAGCCCUCAGUGAUUCCCAGCACUGGAAUUAAGUUGCCUUCAUCAGUGUUUGCAUCAGAGUUUGAGGAAGAUGUUGGAUUGUUAAAUAAAGCAGCUCCAGUUUCAGGACCUCGACUGGAUUUUGAUCCUGACAUUGUUGCAGCUCUUGAUGAUGAUUUUGACUUCGAUGAUCCAGAUAAUGUGCUUGAAGAUGACUUUAUUCUCCAGGCCAAUAGGCCAACAGAAGAGGAAGGAGGAGUGGAUAUUCUGAACUCUGAGAGCGAAGACGGCAGCGAGUGGGAAGAUGCAGAUGAGACGGGGAGUGGCGGUGACCGUGAGGGUGACUGUGACUCCGUGGGCCCGUUGUCAAAUGAAGAUGUGCCAUCUCCCUUUGGAGAACCUCAGGGGGCCAUAGAAAAGCAUUUGUUCUGGGAGGAGGAAACAAAAAGUCGCUUCACGGAGUAUUCUAUGACUUCCUCAGUCAUGAGGAGAAAUGAGCAGCUGACCCUACAUGACGAGAGAUUUGAGAAGUUUUAUGAACAAUAUGAUGAUGUUGAAAUUGGAGCUCUGGAUAACGCUGAAUUGGAAGGUUCCAUUCAAGUAGACAGCAAUCGCUUACAGGAAGUUUUGAAUGACUACUAUAAAGAGAAGGCUGAGAAUUGUGUGAAAUUGAAUACUCUUGAACCUUUUGAGGAUCAAGACUUGCCAAUGAAUGAGCUUGAUGAGUCUGAAGACGUUAUUACUGUAGUUCUUGAAGAAACCAAAGAGAAGUGGGAUUGUGAAUCCAUUUGCAGUACAUACUCAAAUUUAUACAAUCAUCCACAGCUUAUCAGGUAUCAACCAAAGCCCAAACAAAUCCACAUAUCUUCUAAAACAGGAAUACCUCUCAAUGUCUUACCUAAGAGAGGACUUACAGCAAAGCAAGUCGAACGAAUGCAAAUGAUUAAUGGCACUGACCUGCCUCGGGUAUCAACCCAACCACGUUCUAAAAAUGAAAGCAAAGAAAUUAAAAGAGCAAGAAAGCAAGCUAUAAAAGAGGAGCGCAAGGAACGAAGAGUGGAGAAGAAAGCUAACAAACUAGCAUUCAAGCUAGAGAAGAGAAGACAGGAAAAGGAGCUGCUGAACUUGAAGCAGAACGUUGAAGGUCUAAAGCUGUAGGUGGUGGGACAUGGAGGAUGAGGCGUGUUCCCUGUCGGGCUCCUUGUUAUGCUCUGUAAGCAACCGGGACCUUCAGAGGCAGCUGUGUACUCUGACAUUUUUACUGGCGGACGCUAAAGAGAAAAAAUGCAAUACUUAAAAUGUUUUGUACAACCAGCAAGUUUUCCCUGUCAACCAUCUUGUACAUAUUGUAACAUUUUUAAUUUAUAAGCUUAGAUUUGCUAUGAAAUAAAUGACUUCAUAAAUAUGAAAUGUUUGGAUAAGUUAAAGGAAAAUAUCUUCAUAACUUGAA